CCGACCUCUCGUUCUCUGACAUUUUUUCUUGGCUUGGCGCCACACCAUCACCCUCGCCUUCUUUCCUCCCCAUAUCCAUCCAUAUCGUCAGGCAUCCCAAGCAGCGCAUUUCAUUGCCGCAUACCUGCUGGCGAAAUUCCUCUCCUCCCAUAUCCGUUAACGAUCCAGUUCCUCGCUGAUCGUGCUUCCCAUAAAUCUUGGGCGCUUUCGCUACCGGACCGCAACAAGAUCACACAAAAAACAAAGGAUCCUUUCUGCGAUCGCCCUUGCCGUUCUCUACAAAAAGAGUCAAACCAGGGACAAAGAAAAACACAUUAGACAGUCUGCACUUUCCGCAAUAGUAAUUCGCAAAAAGAUCUUGCUUCCUCUUGCUUCCUUAUUUCGCGCGCGCAUACGCACCUCAUCGUCGCUCAAAGUCUACACGGAGACCUAGUACUGGUGGUCAACUGUCGAUUCAAGACAAGAGAUUCAAGUCGACGGUCACAUCAGACUACAGCAGUUGUUGUUUGUAGGGGAGACAUUGAGUUGUUCAUCUCCCACAUCUCGGUACGAAUACCACACCCUCCAAAAAGAAACCUCCUCGUCGCGCGGUUACGAAGCCUGUCUGCGGUGCAGUGAAGUCACUUCGAAUUCACUGCCCUCUGAAUCGAGCCUCACCGACCGACUCGGCGAAAACUCUACUUCAUCACCGCUCUCAACAUCACCAUUUCGUCACCCUAACCUCUCUCUUUCUCAGACUGUUCCCAUCGCUCCUUCGAGGUCUUCUUCGACAAGGACAUCAACUGCGACCGCUUCGUUGCGCUGCAGUUGGGCAAUUCUCACAUUGCAAUCAUGGAGUCUCUUACCACUCAUCCCUCCACCGCACAACAGGCAAAGGCCUUCACCUCCCCUGCGUCUCUCUCGUUUCCCGGUGGCGCCGGGGACUUGACACCGCCCUCCUCUGAGAAAGACGGACAGAACCUCAAUGGUGGCUCCUACGCAGAUGGAAAGAUGAACGGGUCACAACCAGGAGCAAAUGCUCUACAAGCUCCUCAGACUCCGAGUGCUACGCCUGGUGCUGGAGUGAGUGGUAUUGUGCCUACUUUGCAAAACAUCGUGGCCACGGUCAACCUGGACUGUCGUCUGGAUUUGAAGACAAUUGCACUCCAUGCCCGUAAUGCUGAGUACAAUCCCAAGCGUUUCGCUGCCGUGAUCAUGCGUAUUCGAGACCCCAAGACAACCGCUCUGAUCUUUGCCUCAGGCAAGAUGGUCGUCACGGGUGCUAAAUCGGAAGAUGAUUCGAAACUUGCCAGCCGCAAGUACGCCCGUAUCAUUCAAAAACUUGGCUUCAAUGCCAAGUUCACCGAUUUCAAGAUCCAGAACAUUGUCGGCUCUUGCGACAUAAAGUUUCCUAUCCGAUUGGAGGGUUUGGCAUCAAAGCAUCACCCUUUCAGCUCGUACGAGCCUGAACUGUUCCCUGGUCUCAUCUAUCGCAUGAUCAAGCCCAAGAUCGUCUUGUUGAUCUUCGUGAGCGGCAAGAUCGUACUCACUGGUGCCAAGGUCCGCGAGGAGAUCUAUCAGGCAUUCGAGCAGAUCUACCCGACAUUAUCAGACUUCCGCAAAGUCUAGAUGCUUUGGUGAUCUUUUCACUGCCGUGUAUCAACAGCACUGCGUGACCUCUCCCGGCAAAGGUCAUAUUGUCGAGGUUGAGUGAUCACUGCGUGCAUCAUCACACAACACCUACCAUCUUGCUUUUUCUGCCCGUGUCACGACUAUCUAUGAGCAUUGCAAGGCGUUCUUGAGCGAGAUUCUUUCCUUUUUCGUUCGGGCUUGAGCACCAAAAAGGUGGGGUGCAAGGCCUGUACAUCAAAUUAGACAUGGAGGUCUUCAUCGACUCUAACGGGCAUCAUUGGGCGGUAUUCGGCGCGCUGGUCGAAUUCUCGUUUACCGUUCAGAUUGCGACUUCUCUCCGCUUCACUUGUCGAUGUGAAAACGAUCGUCCUCAAGGGAGGCAUCGUCGAUCAUCUUCCAACGACUUUUCCCCAUAUGGAACAUCGUUCGGUCGUGGGGAUCCGCAUCUUGAUCUUUGAUAAAUUGGGUUUUUUCCACGGCUAAUUUUUUUUUCGAAAGCCGUUAUGGUCGCCGAUGGGCGACUGUCAGAUUGUAUUGAUGAAAAGCGGGUGAGGUGUUGGAACAAACUGUGGCCGGAUGGGCGGAGGGUGCUGGGUAUCGUGGUCGUUGCUGAGGUAUUGCUAGAUCGGAAAGCAUCAACAACAGCAUUGCAUGAUAGCUCAAUAUUAUUUUUCAUCCUCCCAAA